AUGUCAGUUCACGAAUAUUUCAACCGAAACCAAGAAAGCUGGAGCAUUUCCGACUUUUUGAGCGAGUGCAAACUAGAACCGUUUGACCGAAAGACAGACUGUUAUAUAAAAUCUCUUAAACUCAUCGCUGAAUUUGAUCAUGGUAACAGGCAAGAAUGCGCCAAGGUGCUUCUUGAUAGGUGGCUUUUCGCUGAGCCUGCAUUGGACUCACUGGGGCACAGGAGGCCUUCUCGGUCGCCUGACAUUCAAGGCUUUUCGCUGAGCCUGCAUUGGACUCACUGGGGCACAGGAGGCCUUCUCGGUCGCUAUGAUGAUGACCGUAAAAAAGCCAAAAAUUGGAACGAUAAGCGACGUGAUCAGAUUCACAUCAACCAGCCAAUUAGCGGGGAUGGAAAUAUAUUAUGUAUUAAUGGUAAUAUCAAUGGCGGAACCCUCACUGGAUAUUCAUCAAAACGAGACCAAGAGUCCGAUGAUGAUUUCCAACCUCCGAAAGCGCCCUCAACGAAGAGAAAAAAACAAUUAUCUCUACCAAAAAGCAAAGAAUCGGUCAAGUUGACCGGUUCAAAGAAGGCCAAAACCACCGGCAGGAAAGAAAACGUGGAUGACAAUAUUGAUAAUUCAUUCAUCAGUGAUUCAUCAUCAAGUUCAAUUAAAACCGCACGAAGUUCCUUCAUGUCUGCUUCCCUUGAUAACAAACAAGAUCUUGAUAGCAUAUCAUCUGGCUCAGAAGGGAGGGAGACCAAAUCCGUUGAUGUAGUUCAAGUUGAAGAGGAAAUUCGGGAACUUACUCAGGACGAAAUAAGCAUCCGUAAUAAACUACUCACCAUUUUGUCUAUACAACAAGAGAAGGAUAUAAAGUCUGGAAAAGAUUUUUUAUCAUCAUCAUCUCUUAAUAAUAUUAUCGAUUUAUCUAACAAUGAGGUGCAAACAGAAGUUAUUAAAUCGUUAAAUACGAAUCAAAUUGACUGGAUUAACAAAUUUCUCAGUAAAAAAGUCUGGAAUCAAACACGUGAAUUUCAGCAAUAUAUAAGUCAAUUCAAUGAAGGUGUGUGCGACAGAGUACACAUUCCUGUUCUUGUUCGGGAGUCCUUUGUUCCGAAAGGAUCGUUUAAUUCUUACAUUCAUGAGGCUCACGACAUCGCUCAACAAAUUUUGACUCAUUUGAUAGAGUUAACCACCCCCGAUACGAAAAAACAUAAAAUCGACGGACUAACUAAGAUUAUCAACACAACUCAAAAGAAUCAAACAAUAAUAUUAGUCGAGUUCUCAUUUGGCAGGCGGGCACCUCAAUCGAAAGAAGACAACGAUCAGAUUAAGUUAUACAGGAACUCUAUGAGAACUCUGAACAAAUUAUUGCAAAGCAUGCCUAAAGACAUUGCAAGAGUUUAUUUGAUACAAUCUGCCAAUGGUUUGACUAAAAUCAAGUACCUAGUUCGUCCAUUGCCAUCGAUCUACAUCCUUCAAUUGUUUACGUGUAUUAAAAUACCCGUAUCUUUCGAUGACUUCGAACAAUUUGCAAAAAAAAUUGUUGAUUUGAUGGAAUGGCAGGUUGAUGUGUUAUCAACAGUUAGAAAAAUGAAUAAAGUCACGAUUGGAAAUACACAUAACCAUAUAACCUCAGUGCAAGAUACACCGGAAAAGAAAAAGGAAGCGGAAAAAAAUCAACCUUCAUCUCCAAAAUCCCCGUGUCCUGGUGGAUCAAUUUCGGAAUUACCAUCACUGAUUUAG